GAGAGAGAGAGAGAGAAAUACCUUUAAGGAUCUGAUCGUUUGACUAUUUUUGCAAGGGAAGUUAUUUCCACAGCAAACAGUCUAUUUGAUGUUGUGCAAGCUACGCGCAUGCGUUGCGCCUCGGAAUUAUUGUACAGCCUUGGACUAAGUUGCAUUCCUUGAAUCCUCGCUCUAAGCCCCUUCUAUAUUCAAAGUUAGGAAUGUGGAGUGUCCAAGACAGAGGAUGCUUCGGGAUUCUGUCGUUGCCCGUGCUGGUGGCCAUGGUCUGCUAUGCCCAGAGAGUAAAUGAGUCCAGCAACAUGUCAUAUGUGAAAGAAACCGUGGAUAACUUGCUGAAAGGAUAUGACAUUCGAUUAAGACCAGAUUUCGGAGGUCUCCCUGUGGACGUUGGUAUGAGCAUAGACAUUGCCAGCAUAGACAUGGUCUCUGAAGUCAAUAUGGAUUACACUCUGACAAUGUACUUCCAGCAGUCGUGGAGAGAUAAGCGGCUAUCUUACUCUGGAAUACCUCUGAACCUCACCUUAGACAACAGGGUGGCUGAUCAGCUUUGGGUUCCCGACACCUAUUUCAUUAAUGACAAGAAAUCAUUUGUGCACGGCGUGACAGUGAAGAACCGUAUGAUUCGCCUCCACCCAGACGGCACAGUCCUCUACAGCUUGAGAAUCACAACCACAGCAGCAUGUAUGAUGGACCUGAGGAGAUAUCCCUUAGAUGAGCAGAACUGCACACUUGAAAUAGAGAGCUAUGGGUACACAACAGAUGACAUUGAAUUUCAGUGGACAGGUGGCCGUUAUGCAGUCACAGGAGUGGAGAAGAUCGAACUGCCACAGUUUUCCAUUGUCGAGCACAAACUAGUGUCAAAGAGAGCAGUUUUUGCCACAGGUUCUUAUCCAAGACUAUCGCUGAGUUUUCGAUUGAAAAGAAAUAUUGGUUAUUUCAUCUUGCAGACAUACAUGCCGUCAACAUUAAUCACAAUUUUGUCAUGGGUCUCCUUCUGGAUCAACUAUGAUGCUUCUGCUGCAAGAGUUGCUCUAGGAAUCACAACUGUGCUUACCAUGACAACCAUCAGCACUCACCUUAGGGAAACGCUUCCCAAGAUCCCCUAUGUCAAGGCCAUUGACAUUUACCUGAUGGGUUGCUUUGUCUUUGUGUUCCUGGCUUUGUUGGAGUAUGCAUUCGUUAACUAUAUAUUCUUUGGAAGAGGGCCACAGCUUCAGAAGAAAGCAGCUGAGGAAGACACUCAGAACCAAGUGAAAGCCAGACUGGGAAACAACAAAGCUCAGGUAGAUGCCCACGGAAAUAUUCUCCUGACCACUCUCGAAAUUAGAAAUGAAAUCACGGGAUCCGAGAUGUUGACGAAUAUCAAUGAUCCACGAACCACCAUGUUUGCUUAUGACAGUGCCGGCAUUCAGCACAGAAGACCAGCUGCAAGCAGGGAUGGCUAUGGGAGAAGUGCAUUGGAAAGGCACAUGGUUCAGAAGAAGGGACGUUUACGACGACGGACGUCUCAGCUGAAAAUAAAAAUCCCAGAUCUGGCUGAUGUUAACGCCAUAGACAGGUGGUCACGGGUGGUCUUUCCUGUCACAUUUGGGUUUUUUAACUUGGUUUACUGGCUUUACUAUGUGCACUAGCUUAAUUAUUAUGUACUGUGCUCUUAGAUUUCCUUCUUGUUUUCGUUAAAUAACCCUUAAAGAACUGUAAUAGCAAUAUAGCCACAAAUCUCAAGGUAAGAUAUUCAGCCCUAUUGUUGUUUUGGGGAUUAAACACAUAAUUCAGUUUGUCAAUGAACUUGAGUCUGACGACUAUGAAUGGUUUGGCUUUAAAAUAAAAUACCACAGUGGAAUGUUUAAAUCCUAGCCACAGCCACUCAAUAUCUUCUGUUUUAAACAUGAAUCAAAUUCUGUUAUUUUAAGCACACCCAUAAUAUUCUUUGGCCCUCCCCCACUGCCGAGGUAGAGAACAAACCAUAUUGAAUUGCAGAUUAUAUAUAACGCUAGUUGUUACUGUUGAUGAUAUUAGUAGCUUAAAGCCUUUAGAUGCCAUUCCUCCAAACUCUAUUUCAGAUUGCGUUGCCCAUUUUACUUUGACAGAAUUAAUGGAAAAUAAUGGGCAAAGCAAUAUUCUUUGAAGGAAGCAGGCACUCAGCUGCUAUUAAGAGAAAUUCUAAUUUCUGGGCCAAAUCGUUAAGCAGGCAGCAAAGAGCAGUAGAAGAGGUGGGGUGAUUACAUUACUGUGACCAGGCAACCUAAUCACACUUCAUGGCCAAUUCCCACCAGAUCAAGUGUAAUAUUCAUUAAUUAGACUAGCAAUGAUGAUUAUGCAAAAGGGAAGCGGGGAGCUAAUUAGCAUUCAAAAAUUGGAGCUCCAAUGACUCCUUCACUGUAUGACACAACUCUGAGUGCCUGCACUUCCCUUAAAGCCCCUGUCCCACUUAGGAAA